CCAGCGCCUGUUCAUCUCUGCCCGAGAUGCUCUCUCUCUCCUGCUCAUGUGCAGGCAAUGCAGCACGCAUCGCUCAUCCUAAGCAUUCUUUUCUCUAUCUGUCUGCACUCCGUAUCACCCGACAACGACUCCCUCCCUCUCAUGCUCGGUAUGCAUCCACCGCCGCCGCCACAAAGCCAGCAAACCGUAGCGAAUCUUCGCUUGCGGAAGUCAAUAUUCCUGGGCUGGAGAAGAGUGACAUUGACCGCCUUACACGACAACGGAAUAUCGGCGUCUCAGCUCAUAUUGAUUCAGGCAAGACGACCUUGACCGAGCGGGUGCUCUUUUACACAGGUCGUAUACGAGAGAUUCAUGAGGUCAGAGGAAAGGAUCAAGUGGGAGCCAAGAUGGACUCGAUGGACCUUGAGAGAGAGAAGGGAAUUACCAUCCAGUCUGCAGCAACGUACUGCGAUUGGGAGGCCACACCGGCAACUGGAGGACCAGCCCAGAGCUACAGUAUCAACAUCAUUGAUACCCCCGGCCAUGUGGACUUCACUAUCGAAGUGGAAAGGGCACUUCGUGUCCUCGACGGCGCAAUCCUGGUGCUCUGUGCAGUGGCAGGCGUACAAAGUCAGACAAUCACGGUAGACCGGCAGAUGAAGCGAUACAAUGUUCCUCGCAUUUCCUUUGUGAACAAGAUGGAUCGGGCUGGCGCAAACCCCUUCCGGAUUAUUCACCAAAUUAGGACAAAGCUGCGAUUGGCGGGAGCUGCUGUACAGAUCCCGAUAGGAGUGGAAGAUGAAUUCAAGGGUGUGGUCGAUCUUGUUCGGAUGAAAGCUAUAUACAAUGAGGGUUCUAAAGGUAUCAGUAUCGUUGAAUCGGAUGAGAUCCCCGCCGAUCUGGUCGACCUCGCGCACGAGAAAAGACACGAGCUGAUCGAGCAGCUUGCUGAAGUAGACGACGAGAUCGCGGACCUUUUCUUGUCCGAGGCUGAGGUCCCGCUCCCCACGCUAGUGGCUGCCAUCCGGCGGGCGACCAUCACGUGCAAGUUCACACCUGUGUUUGUUGGCUCCGCGAUCAAGAACACCGGUAUACAGCCCCUUUUAGACGGAGUGUGCGAGUACCUGCCUACGCCAAACGAGGCGCCGGUCACCGCUAUUGACACCGAACGUGAAAGCGAGGGUUUCAGCUCUAAAGAGGUCCCUCUGAUCCCCGCGGCGAAGGCACCUAUGGUAGCACUGGCGUUCAAGCUCGAGGAAGGGCGUUUCGGCCAGCUCACAUACAUUCGCAUGUACCAGGGGAGCUUGAAAAAAGGCCAGAUUAUUUGGAAUGUUAGAACGGGCAAGAAGGUCAAGGUUCCGAGAUUGGUGCGCAUGCAUAGCAACGACAUGGAGGAUAUCGAGGAGAUUGGGCCAGGCGAAAUCUGCGCUAUCUUCGGUGUAGAUUGCGCAUCUGGAGAUACUUUCACCGAUGGUACGACUCAGUACUCAAUGACAUCCAUGUUUGUUCCCGAGCCAGUGGUCUCUCUGGCCAUCAAAACAGUUGGACAAGAGACCCCCAACUUCUCUCGUGCUUUGAAUCGCUUUACGAGAGAAGACCCAACUUUCCGGGUGCACAUCGACAACGAGUCUAAGGAGACCAUCAUCUCGGGGAUGGGUGAACUGCAUCUGGAGAUCUAUGUUGAGCGGAUGAAACGCGAAUACAACACUCCAUGUACCACUGGAAAGCCUCGUGUCGCGUAUCGUGAGACAAUCACAAAGCGGGCAAACUUCAGCUACACGCACAAGAAACAGACGGGGGGUGCCGGUCAGUUCGGUCGUGUCAUCGGCUACCUUGAGCCCUUUCCAUUCGAUCCACAGUCCGGGAAGGACCACGAGUUCGUGGACAACGUGCGUGGUGGUACAGUUCCAGAACAGUAUAUCCCUGCUGUAGAGAAGGGUUUCCUAGACGGCAUGUCGCGGGGCACGCUCAUUGGAGCACCGUGCACUAGCAUCAAGUUUGUGCUGGAGGACGGUCUUGCCCAUAUCGUUGAUUCCUCCGAACUUGCUUUCCGCCUAACGGCUCUCGGCGCAUUCCGAGAGGCAUUCAAGCAAGCAGAGCCAGUUGUCAUGGAACCUAUUAUGACUGUGGAGAUCGUCGCACCGGUGGAGUUCCAGGGUGCGGUCAUUGCCGGUCUAAAUCAGCGGAAAGCCACGAUCGUGGACACCGAUGUACGGGAAGACGAAUUCACUGUGUCGUGUGAUAUUCCCUUGAGCGACAUGUUCGGCUAUUCCGGCCAGCUUCGGGGCAUGACUCAAGGCAAAGGUGAAUUCUCAAUGGAGUACAAGACGCACCUGCCGGUCAUGCCGAACAUCCAGAAAGAUAUGGUGGAGGCGUACAAGAAGAAGAUUGGCCAGAAGAGCUAGUAAAACAGCUAUUUACAGGACAAGAAAGGCUCCAUCCGCCCCACCUCCAUCCCGCACGCUUCGUCGAGCCUCUGUAGACUACAAGGCGUAU